CAUCUUUCAAGAAAUUAUUCACUUGUGACUGAGUUCAUCAUUUUAGGGUUGAUAGACCAGCCUGAGCUCCAGCUGCCACUAUUCUCCCUGUUUCUAGGGAUUUAUAUAUUCACUGUGAUGGGGAACCUGGGCAUGAUUAUACUUAUUGGGCUGAGUUCUCAUCUUCACAAUCCAAUGUAUUAUUUCCUCUGCAAUUCGUCCUUCAUUGAUCUCUGUCAAUCAACUGUCAUCAUACCCAAAAUGCUAGUGAACUUUGUGUCAGAGAAGAACAUCAUCUCUUACUCUAAUUGCAUGACUCAGUUCUAUUUUUUUGCCUUUUUUGUGAUUUCUGAAUGUCAAAUAUUGGCUGUGAUGGCAUAUGAUCGCUAUGUUGCUGUAUACCAUCCCCUUCAUUAUAAUCUUAUGAUGUCUUAUCAGGUGUGCUCAUGGUUGGUGGGUGGGAUGUAUGCAUUGGGCCUCACUGGGGCCACAGCUCACACAGGCUGCUUGCUUAGAGUGCUCUUCUGUAAGGAAAAUGCCAUUAAUCAUUACUUCUGUGAUCUCCUUCCGCUCUUGAAUCUCUCUUGUUCUAGCACCUAUAUCAAUGAAGUGCUGGCUCUGGCCUCCAGUACAUUUAAUAUCUUUUUCCCAACACUGACCAUUAUUUGCUCUUAUGUUUUGAUCAUUGCUAGCAUUUUAAAAAUUCAGUCCACUGAAGGCAGAUCAAAAGUCUUCAGUACCUGCAGCUCCCAUAUUGCCACAGUUGGUGUCUUCUUUGGCUCUCUUACAUUCAUGUACCUUCAGCCAUCUUCAGUUGGUUCCAUGGAUCAGGGGAAAGUGUCUUCUGUCUUUUACACUAUUGUUGUACCCAUGCUAAACCCCUUUAUCUACAGUCUGAGAAAUGAAGAUGUCAAAAUUGCAUUGAAGAAGGUGAUAGGAAGAAGAACAUUCUAG